GAAAAGAAUGAUAAUCAGAACACUGAAAACGGACAACUUAAUCUUGUACUCAUACAUUCUGAUGCGUAUUUGUAAUAAUUAAACGUGAUUUACGAUGCAGAUUGUAAUGUAUCAGAAAUCCUCACACAUUGCGUAAGUAAGUGAUUGAGUAUAUUGUGCGUAUCACGUCGUAGCAGCAUGGUAAAAGGUUCGUUAAUGUGAAACUGAGUGGGGAGAAACGCGGAACGAGAUGUUCGGCAGUAUUCUGAGUCAAGGCGAAUAGCGCAAAGCGCAAUGCUGCGCUAGCGGUUAUGAAAGUGCUGUAAAAAAAUGGAUCUCAUCAAGUGUUGACAGCGUGUUGAGGACCGAAAACAGCGAUGUGGAUAAGAAUCGGAAGUGAUUUUUGCAUGCUUUUACUGCUAAGCAACUUGUUUGCACCGAGCGCAGGACAGUCCAAAAAUGCAAACGUUUCUCUUCCAAUAUUGACAAUACCGCAGGGGGAAAUUCAAGGCGUGAACUUGGUUACUUAUCGUAACAGGACAAUUCAUGGAUUCUUGGGCAUUCCCUACGCACAACCACCGAUUGGAAAUCUCAGAUUUCGCAGUCCCGUGGCAGCAAACGCUUGGAAUGGAACUCUAAAUGCAAGUAUCGAUGGAAAUGUGUGUCCCCAGCUAUCAGGAGAUAAUUUUAUAGGAGAUGAGGACUGCCUUUACCUUAAUGUUUACACGCCACAGAUUUCGGACGAAAUUUCUUCUGUCCCGUUACCAGUGAUGGUCUUCAUUCACGGCGGAGGAUUUGAACGGGGUAACGGUGGAUCUUCUUCAUUUAGCCCUAAAUAUAUCCUCGAUAAAGACGUGGUUCUUAUAGUCUUUAAUUACCGACUUGGAGUCUUGGGAUUCUUGAGUACCGGGGACGGAGUUGCCCCUGGAAAUUAUGGAUUGAAAGACAUGGUCUUGGCCUUAAAAUGGGUUCAGAAUAGUAUCGGACAUUUCGGUGGGAAUGCUGAUCAAGUUACUAUUUUUGGCGAAAGUACUGGUGGUGGUUCGGUGGAACUUUUGGCCCUUUCGAGUUUGACGGAAGGACUUUUUCAUAGAUACAUAACUGAAAGCGGGUCGGCAUUGUCAAUUAGAUGUUUUCGACCGAAAACAACGUAUGUUCGGCGUGCCACUGAGCUGGCCGAGCUGCUCGAUUGUCCAACCGACUCUACAAAUGGUCUUGUCGACUGUCUGAGAAACCGUGACACGAAAGAAAUUAUAGGCACCAAGUCUUCUUUCUACGUUUGGGAAAACUUUCCGGACAUUAUAUGGGGACCAACGGAGGAACCAGAUGUGGACGGAGCUUUUUUAACCGAAAAUCCCGUGAACCUGUACGCUGUUGGGAAAAUUCGUUAUCUACCUUGGAUGACUGGUGUUGUUCGUGACGAAGGAUUGAUUUUGAGCUCGAAGUUUUACGUGAAUCCGGAUAAGUUUGAAGAUUUAUUGAACCGAUUUGACGAUGUCUUACCUCAUGUGUUACAAUAUCAUAAUAUAGUCGAGGACGAAAAGGCAUUCACAACAGCAUUAAAAGAGUAUUAUUUUAAUAAUAUGACUGCUGUGAGAAGUAAACUUCUCUCUAAUCUCACAGAUCUCAUCGGUGACUCUUUCUUCAUAUUUCCAAUUUACAAUGCGCUUCAAAAACGCAUGGUUUCUGCGGAGAGUUCCGCAUAUUUUUACAGUUUUGGGUACCAGGGCACUUAUAGUUAUACUUACAAAUACAGUGGCGGAUCAACGAUUAAAUAUGGCGUAGCUCACGCCGACGAACUUCUUUAUCUCUUUCCGUACCCCAUUUCUACUUUCGGAAACCUUGGUGAGGAAAUGAGCGAAGCUGAUUAUGAAAUGGUUGAAAACAUGGUGCAACUUUGGACGUCGUUUGCUGUCAAUGGAAUACCUACUGAGGUGAAUCGGAGUGAUAUAAAAAUUUGGAAGCCAUACUCAGUUGAAGAUAACUACCUCAUGAUAGGGGAUCAUUCAGAAGUAGCGAACAAAGUUCUUUACUCUUUCUUGUCAGACAGAAUGGGCUUCUGGAAAGAUUUGACUGGUACAAUUUGAAAUAAGUUAAGAAAGACUGCUUUUUCGAAAUGAUCAUGCUCAAUUUAAAAUCUAUUGUGUUGUUCUUCUUUCAUAAAAUGUAUUUAAUAUAUUAUAAAUCUGAAUAAUAUGAAAUCGGUAAAAUGGGGACACAAUU